AUGGAGACUUAUGGCAAAAAGAAGAAGACUCUGAUGGGUUCGUUCGCUACACUCAGGAACUCAGAGUACAACAAAUCAAAGAAGAAUAGAGCCAACAGGAGAGGUUAGUUUAUCCAUUCACAAAUCACUUUCUCCCAUCCAAAAGGUCAAUCUAUACAAUUCUACUCAAAUUUAGUCACUUCACUUAUCCCUUCACCUCUAACCAUGCUCGGGCACUUAGCAAACAGUCGACAAACCGACACCACCUCGAGGGGUUCUUGCAGAUGAUUUGAAUGCCAUCUCAUGUAUUUCCCUCAAUCGUGACUUGGCUCAAGUUGUGAAAUUACGCUAAUUCGAGAUUAUCAAUAGAGCCAAGUACGCGCCAAUUAUCAGCUUUCCACCCAACAUCUGGCAUUGAAAAACAGGAUUUCGUCGAAAAAGGCCCGAGUGAGGAGGGGGAUGCGGUGGCAGAGGAGCCUAUCAUCCAUCAACCACACAAUACGACUACAACCAUUGAGGAUAUUCUACCGCAAUUGCCUAGUCUCAAUUUCAGUGAACAAGAGAUGUGGAUUGCGGGAAAGGGCACUACUACAGGAGCCAAUGACUCAAACAUUGAUUGCCAUACGGGAAAAGUAUCCCACACAAGAAAGAACUCUGCGCCUCCUAUUCCGAGAAAGUCAUCCAAGAGACAGUCGGCGUUAGCUAAGACAGCUCGCCGUAGAAGCCCAACGAAAGACUCUCAAACUCGAAGAUUUCCCAAGGAACCAAUCAGUCGAGUAUUGAACAGCUCCAAUGAGAAAUCCCAUCCAGCUGUUAGCCCGUCAGAUCCCAGUGCUAUAAAUGCUUCAGUUGCGCAGACAUUGAAGGCAAUGGAAGAGCUCAAGCCGGGAUCAACGAAAACUUUGGUAGUUGAAAAAAAGCGACGCUUGAAGGCUGGGGCCUUUUUGAAGGUUAAGAGCGUUUUGCAAGGGAGUUUUCGUCGUCGAAAGAACGAUAUCACCCAAGAGGAUUCCUCGCUUAACCCCAGUCUCGUCGCCACGCCACAGGUUCAGGAACACAUCGUUAGACGCUCGGAAUCUGUUAAUGAUAUCGACCUAAGACUGGAUGAAGGUAAAUGCACUUCAAAUCUCUCUUCUAAUUAGCAUUGACAGUACUAACUAUUCCAAUAGUUCAAAAUCUGAAAAGCAGUGCAAAGCUUGAAAAUUUAACGGGAAAUCCUAGGAUUCACAGAAAACCACUUAACAAUGACGAGAGAUCCUUCCACAGCCAGCAUUCAGCACUGGCAGACCCGUUUAUAGAGCCGCGAAGUUCGAGUGAUCAAACCAUGCCCCGUUCCAUUUUCAAUAGUCAGAUGCUUGCGAUUGGAUCCUUGCCGGAAUUUUCAAGCCCUCCUCGUACAAACAAGAAGGUUUCGUCUCAUCGAAACAACAAAGGCUUCGACGAUUUGGACUCUUUACUUACCUCGAGUCCUUUGGCCCAGUCCACUCCGAGACUGCGACUAGAGUGCAAUCAUACCGAUCCGGACAGAACCAGAAGAAUGCAGAAGGUGGAUGCAGGAUCUCCAUCUGUCCUCGAUCACAAUGCUUUUAUUGAAAACAGCGAGGUCUAUCAAGGUAUGCUCGCUGAUAGUCCAGUGAAAGUCAAAGACCAAAACCAACCUGAGCACCGCCGAAACUUAGUACAGCAGGUCGGAAUGCUAAGAGAGAAGACUGUCAACAAUUUUGUCGCGGCCGUCCAAACCUUAUCCGGAUCCGCAAGCGAUUCAGGUUUUGCCCCUCUCAAUCGGAAGUGGAAGAAGAACCCUUCCCCAAGUAAGGCACGACUAGAGGAAUUGAGCAAAAAUCUUCCAUAUUUCCCUGAGCCAGAGCCUAUUCUCUAUCGUGCUCACAAGCACAGAGAUAGUAAUGACAUACACAAGGCAACUUUUGCUUUGCGGGAAAAGCGUAAGCACGACGAUCAAGAAAAUAAGGAGCUCUUAGAAGGACUGCUCACUUCAGAUGAGGAUAGUCAGGACAGUGAAGAGAGUGAGGACACGGAGCAGAGUUUUCCUCGGAAAGAUAAUAUGUUAACAAGGGUUUCUGCAUCUUUGCCACUUAUCAAUCUAUCGUCCAGACCAAUAUCCGCAAGCCAGUCAUCACCCGCCCUUGGUGUUGAGGGUUUGGAGGUGGGAGCUUCUGUUCAACCUAGAAACAUCAUGGAUCAGGACGAUUCAAUGAUGGAUCUGGAUGAAUUACAGUUAGUCACACCACCACUUCCAACCCAAUCUUUUCAUAGCAAUGAGAGCUGUGACGACCUUAUCGCUUUCUAA